AGGAAUUAUGGUCCGUUUCGGGGAUGAGCUGCCCGGGCGCUAUGGAGGAGCGGGCCCGGCGGGCGGCGGCCGGGGUGGCGGUGGGGCCGGUGCCGGGCCCGGGGGCCUGCAGCCGGGACAGCGUGUGCUCUACAAACAGUCCAUCGCGCAGCGGGCCCGGACCAUGGCACUGUACAACCCCAUCCCCGUCAAGCAGAACUGCUUCACCGUCAACCGUUCACUCUUCAUCUUCAGCGAGGACAACGUCGUCCGCAGAUACGCCAAGCGCGUCACAGAAUGGCCUCCCUUUGAGUACAUGAUCCUGGCCACUAUCAUUGCCAAUUGUAUCGUCUUAGCUCUGGAGCAACACCUUCCUGAGGGAGAUAAGACUCCCAUGUCUGAGAGGCUGGAUGACACCGAGCCCUAUUUCAUCGGAUAUUUUGUUUUGUGAGCUGGGAUCAAAAUCAUCGCCUUGGGCUUCGUUUCCACAAGGGCUCAUACCUGAGGAAUGGCUGAAUGUGAUGGUUUUCGUGGUAGUCCUC